GUCUGCCUGCCUCGCUUCUUUACUUUUCCACUUUGUUGUGGAAAAAGGCAUAGCACAGCCCGACCGCCUACAAGUCACUCGCCGACCAUCAUCACCCACCCCAAAUCUCAACACCAUGGCCGCUACCGAUUCCAAGCCGGCCUUGUCUACGCUCAAGACACCCAUGUCGGCCACCUAUCCCUCCGAACUCAGGUCGCCCAUGAUCACCUCUGCAACCACGCCCAUCUUUGCCAACAUCAAGCGGGAAGACUCUGACCUCAAGACUCCAAUCACCCCACCGACCGCCUACCUGGAGUUUCUCAAGAACCUGUCGCCUGUCCUCUCGAGCCCAAUGUCCACCGGUACCAGCUGCAAGUUUGUCUUUGGGGAUACUCGCCCCACCUCGGUCACUUCAUCCGCCUCCAGCGCCUCCUUCACAUCCACCUCGGCCCCUGCAGACAAGGAAUCACCAGCAACGUCAAGAUCAAGCAGCUGCAGUAGGUGCGACACUUCCAAAGAGGACCAGCCUCCCAUGUCUGCACCUCCAACCAAAGUCCAAACCGUCACCAUCCCUCCCCCAUCACCCUUUAGGCGGCCACAUUCAGCGCGUACACCCCGCCUUUACAUACCCCAAUCACCCUAUUCGCCCGCCGCUGUACGGUCACCAGCGAGCGCAAAGUCCAUUCAAUCACCCUAUUCCGCCGUCUCAUCGCCCAAGACUUGGGAUGCAGAAAAGAAGACUGGUCGAGCAAGGCGCGUCAGCGUGCGCGAAGUCGUUACAAGGACAGUGACAUAUAGUCGCACGCCCGUCGACGCCAAAGCGCCACAGUUUCCGCAGAUUGACCCCGCACCCCGCGGUAAGAGGAGGAAGGUCGAGUAGGAAAUCUGCUGCUGUUACGCAACCCUACCGCUUAUGGAAUGCUGGCUCGAGCAUGAGCGGUUGCGCAACCCUCUGUGCUACUUCACGACACAACUGUACUGGCGCCUAGGCACAGCACCUAAUUUCCAUUCGCCCAACAUCUAUUGUCUACAUUAUACACGACUUGCACAAACUACCCGGCCAUUGAACUAAUACUCGGGUCCAGGCGAUCCCAUCACAACCUACUUUCAACUGCUUGCACCACAUUCUCAACCUACUACCAUCAUCGCCUUUUUCCUUUUUCCUUUGUUUACUACUACUACUACUACUACUACUACUACUACUACUACUACCCCAAAUCAAUAGAGAAACGACGUUAUGGCCACGUCCUUUUUCUCACGACCCUAACGGCGGAAAACAUGUAUUCGGCGUUGAGAUUACCAUUACCACAUUUGUAGCGGAUACCAAUUAUCGGCGGGUGGUGCGCCGGCGCUUUUGGUGUUGAUUGGCCAAACUACGGAACGAGGCUACCUCAUCGAUCUGAUGGAUGUGAGAGGAACGCACAGGCUACUGGCACGUGGAUGUGCUGGGCGGCAAGAUGCUGCAUGCAGUGUAUUGGAUGGAGCCGGGCGGCAAAAACAGAUAGCCCUGGCUGUGCGGGCUAGCGAGGUCAGAUGAGUGGAUAGUUUUCUACGCCUAUUGCCCGCACAGUGCCCCGAGACACGAAAGUUGAAAUAGUAUUAUAGGACGAGAAAGAAAUGGACAUGAUACCUGUUUUAA